CUCCCUCCCCGGAAGAGAACCGGAUCGUCCAGCUCGGCAAAUCCCGCAGUGACAGGUUAGAGAUGCCGCCGUUGGCUGUGGACGAACUGGGAACAUGAGAGGUGCUACGGAGCCUCUUCGGGCGCGGCCCCCUUACGUGUCCCCGCGGAGGGGCCCGGAGCCCUCUCAGUGAUUGGCUGCAGGCAGCGGCAGCGACAAGCGAAGGCAGCCAGGCUCCCGGACGAUCCCUCUCAGGCCCGGGGCGGCGGAGGUGCCGCCUCGGAGCGGGGGGAGGGAACGACACCCCCCACCCUCCUACCCCCGUGCCUGUGCACGUGAGGGACUCAGGAGGGCGCGUGCCCCCGCUCCGCGCGCCCCCGGGCUCGCCUCUUGGCCCACGUGCUGGGUGUCAUCUACCCCGGAGGCAGCCGGGCGCCAUGUGGAGCAGCCGGAGCUCCUUCACCAGCCUCAUCGUCGGGGUGUUCGUGGUGUAUGUGGUGCACACGUGCUGGGUGAUGUACGGGAUCGUCUACACCCGGCCAUGCAGCGGGGAGGGCAACUGCAUCCAACCGUACCUGGCGCGGAGGCCCAAGCUGCAGCUGAGUGUGUACACCACUACAAGGUCCAAUCUUGGUGCUGAGAAUAAUAUAGAUCUGGUUUUGAAUGUGGAAGAUUUUGAUGUUGAGUCUAAAUUUGAAAGGACAGUCAAUGUGUCUGUGCCAAAGAAAACAAGAAAUAAUGGCACAUUAUAUGCUUACAUAUUUCUUCACCAUGCUGGGAUCUUGCCUUGGCACGAUGGUAAGCAGGUGCAUAUAGUCAGUCCUCUCACUACAUACAUGGUUCCCAAACCAGAAGAAAUCAAUCUUCUCACAGGAGAAUCUGCUACCCAGCAAAUUGAAGCAGAAAAGAAACCAACAAAUGCCCUAGAUGAGCCAGUUUCUCACUGGAGAUCAAGGUUAACACUCAACGUGAUGGUAGAUGAUUUUGUCUUUGAUGGGUCCUCUCUUCCUGCUGAUGUUCACAGAUACAUGAAGAUGGUUCAAUUGGGAAAAACAGUACAUUACUUGCCCAUACUAUUUAUUGAUCAACUUAGCAACCGAGUAAAAGAUCUAAUGGUAAUAAAUCGUUCAACAACUGAACUACCUCUGACUGUGUCAUAUGACAAGAUAUCAUUAGGAAAACUCCGUUUUUGGAUUCACAUGCAAGAUGCUGUGUACUCCCUACAACAAUUUGGAUUCUCAGAAAAGGAUGCUGAUGAAGUAAAAGGAAUUUUUGUAGAUACCAACUUGUAUUUCUUAGCUUUGACUUUCUUUGUAGCAGCAUUUCAUCUUCUUUUUGAUUUUCUGGCCUUUAAAAAUGAUAUCAGCUUCUGGAAGAAAAAGAAGAAUAUGAUUGGAAUGUCUACUAAAGCAGUGCUCUGGAGAUGCUUCAGUACUGUGGUGAUAUUUCUUUUCCUUUUGGAUGAGCAGACAAGUUUAUUGGUGCUGAUUCCAGCAGGCAUUGGAGCAAUAAUAGAACUAUGGAAAGUGAAAAAGGCUUUGAAAAUGACCAUUAAGUGGAAAGGCCUAAGACCCACAUUCCAGUUUGGAGCUUACAAUGAAUCUGAAAGGAAAACUGAGGAAUAUGACACUCAGGCUAUGAAAUAUUUGUCUUAUUUACUGUACCCUCUAUGUAUUGGAGGUGCAGCUUAUUCGCUCCUAAAUGUCAAAUAUAAAAGCUGGUAUUCUUGGUUAAUCAACAGCUUUGUCAAUGGAGUAUAUGCCUUUGGCUUUCUCUUUAUGUUGCCCCAGCUGUUUGUGAAUUAUAAGAUGAAAUCUGUUGCACAUUUACCUUGGAAGGCAUUUACGUAUAAAGCUUUUAAUACAUUCAUUGAUGAUAUCUUUGCUUUUAUCAUCACUAUGCCAACAUCACAUAGGCUGGCAUGUUUUAGGGAUGAUGUGGUAUUUCUUGUUUACCUUUACCAAAGAUGGCUUUAUCCUGUGGAUAAGAGCAGAGUUAAUGAGUAUGGAGAGUCUUAUGAAGAAAAACCCAAAAGAAAACCCCACAGAGAUUAAUCGUUGAAAUAACUAGAAGAGGCCACUCUUGGGACUGCCAUUGGCUAUAUUUGUUGAAUUUUGAUUUUUCUUCUUUAAGCAAAGAGUAAAGUUUGGAUUGUCAAGUAACUGAGUAUUUUUGGAAGCGUCUCAUGGAUUUUCAUGGACAUUUACAUCUUCUGCAUUGCCAAAAUAUUUGAAUGUUUCUCAUAGAUCUCUUGAUUUACUUAUUUAUCUGUGGAAAGGAGGCUGCCAAUAUUUAUACCAGCUGUCAGUCACUGCUAAGCACUUACAACUUAAUUUUCCUGAAAAAUUUAAACAUCAGUUUCAAACAAAGCUUUUUGGUGUUUCUCUUGUCACACUUGAUGGUGCAUGACAGAUUUUGGCUGUGGAAUAUCAACUGCUGAAACAGCACCCUGUGCCAGUGACUUAACUAAUAUUAACAUCAAAUAGGCCAGAUACUGUGAAACUCUAGCAGGGAUAAGUAGCAUUUCUGUAGGUUAAAUUAUGUCAGAAAUUCCAUUAAUAAUCAGGGCUUUUAAAAUUAUUUUUAUUUUAGGAUUUAAAUCUUCACCUUACAUAAAUUCCAGAUACCUAUAUGAAAUCAUUCCAUAUUGACACUUUGGGAUCAAAUUGCUUUUUUCUCCAUUUGGAUUGUAUUUUAGUUGUAUUAAAGCUGAAUGUGUGUGUGCAUUUCUAAAAUAAAUUUUACUGGCUAUUUUACUUUUCUUGACCUGUUAUAAGAAGAGUAUCAUUCAGAUUCUUAAAGUUUCGCUUUCCCAAGAAAUUAGAAAAUAAUAUGGAUUUACUACUUUUUCAUGAUUUUUUUAAGAGAUUGAUGUUUCAAAAAAUUGAAACUAGUGAUCCAUAUAUACGUAGCACAAAGUUUGCAUUCAGUUUUCCAAUCAUCUGUGUUCACAGGCUGUUUAUAUAAAAUUUUCUGCCCCAAAAUAUAUAUUUGUUUAAAGUUGUAAAGUGUCAUAUGCAUGCAUUACUUUUCACUUGCCUAAGAUUUGUCAGGAGAUCCUGGAUUCUAGCCCUGCCUUUGCCACAAACUAGCUGCGUGACUUAAGGCAAGUCACUUAACCUCUCUUGAGCCUCAGUGUCCAUAUCUAUAAAGUGGAGGUGUUGAACAAGAUGAAUCUCUAAGGUCCCUCCCAGCUGUAAUAUACAGCUAUUGACUAGUAUUUUCAUCAUUUUCCUAAAACUUUAUGAAAAACCCUCAAUGUAAAAACAAAAUACACUUCUUCAACACAAUAUUUUUAACAGGGAGGCAGGAAUCAGUGAAAGAAGUUCACUCUGAUCAGUGAAAUGAUGUCCUUGAGCUCUCUUCAAAAUGUGCCUUUAUCAAUAGCUGUGUGUGUGUAUAAAUAAUUGAGGUUCCUGGCACAUGGCUUUGAGUAAUCUCAGUGCAAAGAGCAUGGGAGGGUCAGCCUUAAAUUCCCUAUUCAUUAUUGUUCAAUCUGGUCUCUUAAUGCUGGGUUAAAGUGGACAGUUUUAAAAAUCUGACUUGUACAGGAGUGCAUCAUGAACAAUCACUAACUAUACUCCUAAUUCCAUUAAUUUUGAAGCACCAUUUAUAAGUCACUCUUUUGAAGCAAAUCAUACAAUCUUGUCACUAUGCAAAAUCCACUUGUAACAUGCUUAAUUUGCCCACACCAACACUUUAUAGACUGGAAAUGCUGUAUGGAUAUUUAAAACUCAAAAGCAAAUUUAAUUAAUAGUCCAAGGUAUCAAUAGAUUUCCAGUAAUGAGAUGUGAAUUUCACCUAGAUUACUUAAAAAGGAAGAUCAUUUUCAAAUCCUGUAUUUAAAAAUAAAUGCUAAAACAGAUUGUUGGUUCUUAAGUGAUUAUUUCAGAUAAAUUUAUAUAGUGCCUUUCUACUUGAUGCGCUCAAGGCGCUUUAUAAACUUCAGAUUACCCAAUGGGUAUAUUUACCUUCCCACAGCCCACAAUUUCUGCAGUUUGCUUUUUGCUUGGAUUUUUAUUUGUUUUAUUGUAAUGAAUUCUGUCCUAUAGACAGAAUUAAUCUUCCACUACCCUUUGAUAUGCCAGUAAUUAAGAUAUUUUCAGUCAGGAGAAAUAUUUUAAUGUUUACAAAAAGCCUUUUAAGUGGAUGCGUCAUCUGGACACAUUGGGCUUAUUGAGAUUUUUUUUUUUUUUAAUCGUGCCAACACUGGAAGUUUGCACUCUUAUUCUUUUAAUUUACCUUUACAUCCUUAAAGAGAUGGGUGUUUUGAUACUGUCUGGUAAAAGACACCCUUAAUAAAAUUAACCUUGUGCACUUGUCCUGACAAAUACAAAAAGGAAAGAAAAUCCCAUUACUUUGUGGCAUUGUCAUUUAGGGUUAGAAACUGGCAGAAUGGUAUUUUUAGAAAGUCUGUAUAAGAAAUCCAGAUUCACGUUGCUGAUAUUACAGUUCAGAUUUUUAAUAUCUACUGGGGUUUUUUUAUCUGAGAGAUUGAUGUAAUUGCUACUAACAGGUGCUGUGUUGUUUCUGCCAUCAAAUCUCAGUUGUUUUUUUUUUCAAAACUGACAUGUGAUCUAGACAAAUAAUCACAAAGGUAUUAUGGUUAGAACAUGACCUAACUUUACAACAGAGUAGGGAAUGGGCCUGUUUUUUUUAAGUCCUUGUGGAAAUUCCCUCGAAGUGACAAAAAUUAAUCCCCUGGUGAAUUACAAUUGAUUGGGGACAGAUUCUCUUCCAGUUGUUUUAUUUCUGAAUCUAGAAGGUUUACAGCAUUGAUACUCAGUGAUCAGUCAAUGAGUCUCCAGGACCCAGUUUUUUCUUUAUCAGGUUGUAAAUGAAAUGUGAUGAUCCAGCAUGUGGAACUUUUCUCUGUGACUGCUGAGAUUACAUUAUAUUUUAAAGAAGUGUGUAAUCAGUAAGUUACAGGCUGUUUGUUAAAGUAAUUAGCCAUUGUAAGGCUUUGAAUGAAUUAGUAAUUUAUGCUUUCUGUGUUCCAUGUGCUAAUAAAUUAUUUGUGUAAGGUA